AAUCUCGUUGACUUAGAAUAUGCGGACGAUAUAGCCCUUCUAGGCGAGGACUCUGACAAAAUGCAGAGUCUACUGAACACCCUGAGCAACAAUCUCCGCAUGUUUGGCAUGCGAUUCGCCCCUAUAAAAUGUAAGAUGAUGCUGCAGGAUUGGACUUCAUCGACCCCUAGAUUAGAAAUAGGAAGUGAAGUGGUAGAACACGUUGACCGCUUCACUUACUUGGGAAGUACCAUCAGCCCCAACGGGUUGAUCUCCGACGAAAUUUCAGCACGAAUACAGAGGGCUAGGUUCACAUUCGCCAGUUUUCGCCGUCUCUGGCGUAGAUGCGAUAUCCGACUAUCGACCAAAGGGCGUGUGUACUGCUCAACAGUCCGCUCCGUCCUCCUUUAUGGCUGUGAGACCUGGCCAUUGAGAGCAGAAGACAUGAAAAGAUUAGCUGUCUUCGAUCAUAGGUGUCUGCGUUCUAUCUCCCGCGUGAAGUGGUAUAAUAAGGUGAGCAAUAUUGAGGUUAGGCGUCGAGUGCUAGGUAAGGCGGGGAAAUCAAUCGACGAGACUGUGAAAUUACUUCGACUGAGAUGGUUGGGACAUGUGCUACGUAUGCCUAGUCAUCGCCUUCCUCGACGGGCAAUGUUAGCUGAUAUAGGGUCAGGCUGGAAAAGAGCUAGCGGUGGUCAAACCAAAACAUGGCACCAAUCAAUGAAAUCCACAACAGUUAAUCUAAGCCACGUAGGAAGAUGUAGACUUCCUGGUUGGGGCCCUCGGGAUGGUAAAAACCAAUGGUUGGAAACAAUUGGUGACAUGGCUCAAAAUCGUUCUCAGUGGCGCAGAUGCAUCCACUCCUUGUGACUUAUGAUUUCCAAUUAAACUUUUGUUCUCCGUUAUUACUAUUCCUUUGUCUCACACCUCUGUUUACUGUCUAUAUUAUGCAUUUCUUCUACUUUCUUCUCUUGCUUUGCGUGCUACAUAGAUUGUGGCGACUUGAACUGCCGCACAUAUGUGCAAAGUUCUAUGUCGAAAACCGACCGACCGACCGACCGA